AUGGAGAACGGGUCAACUGACAGCCCAGCGGGUCCAGAGCCCCAAGUCCACCGCACAGAAAUCCAGCCGUCUACCGCUGGUGAUGAGUUGGCAGGGCCGGCGCGAGCGCGUGGCGCUGUAUCCUCGCAGGAGGCGAGUGCGCCGCGCCAAUCAGCCCCGAAGAAACGGGCUAAAUGUCGUUAUUUCUCGACCAAGAAGGGCUGCCGCGCCGGCGCGGGAUGUCCAUUCAUUCACGACGUCGCUGCUAUUGAGCAGAAGAAAGCUACACCGAGCCAGUCAUCUGCACAGCAAUCAUCGACUGCUGAUACCCAGAGCCCAGAUACCGGUAUAGCUAGUGCAGUCCAGGGCUUGAAGAUCAGUGAAAGCGAGUCCAAGCAGUCUGUGACAACGCCCCAGCUGGCGCAGACUCCGAGACCAGUUUCGAAAGUAGAGAAGAAUGAUCCAAGGGAAUUCCAGCUCAAUCAGCUGAGGCGACGUUUCCAUCCACAAGAGCAGAGUGAUGAGAAUGGAUCCACUCUGACAUUUGGGCUGGCUCCCUCGGAUCCAGAUUUUCCUUUUGAAUUGGACGCAUUGCAAUGUAUUCUUCAUGUGCCAAGUACAUACCCUGUCAAGGGCCGGCCGAAACUUACAGUGACAAAUCCUGAAAUGGAGGCUGCUUUCCAGGCCAAUGUCUCCAGGGGGUUUGAUGAUAUUGUUGACUAUGCAAUUCGGACUAAUGCCCGAGGAACAUUGCUCAAUUGGAUGAAUACUCUAGAUAGGCAGCUUGAACGGCUUCUGACUACUUUGGAAAGGGGACCAAAGCUUACCUUCGUUGCCAAUGUCGGGAGCGGUGUUGCCAAUCCAGCACUGACACAACAGCAGAAGAAAACCCAGGUACCCCCUGCGCGGUCUCUCCCGACUACCACGAAGCCAGCCUCUGCCACAUCUUUGCCGAUAAGUAAAGCGCCUGUCAUUGCUCCAAGUUACACCUAUGACCAAAAGGCCUCGGCCGAGAAACGAAGGUCAAUGGAGACGAAACAACUUGAAGCUCGACUUGGAAGGCUCCCGUUAUUCCAGAAACGGUCAGAGACUUCCUUCAAUAUACCAAUCCAGCCCGCCAAGCAGGGCCGUCUGCCGAGGUCACUUCAAGCAGUGAAAACAGUGAAACUCACUGUCCCCUUGCUCUAUCCUCUGGAGCACAGCUUCAUCGAGAUGCAGGGUGUGGACAGUCCUGAAGCCAGAUCUGUAGAAGCUGGAUUCGCCCAAUGGUUCGAUAAAAACUCAGAGAUGAAUCUGGUAUCACAAAUCAACUACCUAGCGAGCAAUAUGCACAAUUUUGCCAAGACUCCUCUGCCCGAGGUCGCAGAGCAAGCUCAGCAUGAACUCAUCCAAGAGGAGGAAGACACUUCUGCGCAGCAGUCUGAAGAUGGUGUUCCCCUCGAAUCUGCUGGGGAUAAACCUCAUUUGCAUGUUAUUCCUCGUCCGCCCGAGUGGUCCGUCCCCGAACAACCGAGUGGUAGUGACAUUACAGACGAAUCGAGCUACGAGGAAGACUCUAUGGAGGAUGAGGAGGUCGAAGAUUCUGAAGAAGGUGGUGCUCCCGUUCCAGCAGUUCUAGAUACUCCAGGCCGAGGCGUUGCCCUCUCCUUCCCAUUCCUGGAGCUCUAUGGCAUCGAAUUACUGGAGGUAUCGCACCUUGCUAUCACCAUCAAGUGUGAACGCUGCAAGGAAUCGAUGGAUAUCAAGAAUGUACCCCAACUUGCAGAUCCAAAGGACAUUCCUAAAGUCGAAUCGUGCAAAAAAUGCGCCAACUCGAUGAGCAUCGGGUUCCGGAAACAGCUGAUGCAUUCGCACGCAAAUCGAGCCGGGUACCUUGACCUGGAUGGUUGUACAGUCCUGGAUCUUCUCCCGAGUAAUUUCAUCCCCACCUGCUCAGAGUGCUCAACCGCCUACCAUGCCCCUGGCGUAUCAGCCGUCCGUGGCGAAAGUGCCAUGGCAAUCUGCCGACACUGUCAUCGCAAGAUGGUUUUCAAGAUGCCUGAGGUUAAGUUCUUGGUUGUCGGUAGUGCGGCGAUGUCCUCUCGCGCCGCGCUCCCGUUGAAGAAGAGGCCAAAGGAGGUUCUCGGUAUUGUUGCUGGGCAGGAACUUCCCCGGCGCGGUCGAUGCCACGAUGCGGAAACGGAUCAUCCUAAUGAACACGCUAACCGUAUGAUCUGUGGCUUCUGCUCCCGAGAACAAAUCUAUAGACCCGAGAACUGCGGAAUCUGUAAAGCCGUACUCAUCGGCAAGGCGGGUAGUGGAUUCUGGGAAGGAGGCAAGGGAACGAGGAACCGGGCUCUCAUGAGCCGUAAGGAUCCUCGAAAGUAUAAACGGCGCGGCGGAACUGUGCCUGGUGGAUCUAGCUCGAAGAAGAAGUAA